AUCGCGCUAAAUAAGAUAAAGACCAGCGAUUCGAACACUGGACUUGGUUGACUAACUCAGUCAACUCUGACCGAAGACUAGUAGUGCUGUGAUCCACUGAAAGGCCACAUUCCUGUAAACAAGGCUCUCGAUCGCACGUACCCGGUCCAUAUAGUUUUAAACGUUUGUGGACUGGCCAAAAGGAGAGAGGAAAGAGUUUGGAGCCAAGAUUUGGAGCUCGGAGAGGAGAGGAUGAAGCUCCUGGGCUUGUUUCUCCUGUUCGAUCUCGUCCUGGCCAGUUUGGAAGGAGACUCGCUCAACGCGUUCAAGCAGGCGGUGAGCGAUCCCACUGGGAUGCUCGAGACCUGGGAUCCGACAUUGAUCAAUCCUUGCACCUGGCUCUAUGUUACCUGCAACCAAGACGACCUUGUCACUAGAGUGGACUUGGCACGAGGAGAUCUGUCCGGGAAGCUGGUUCCCGAGCUCGCCAAUCUGAAAAACUUGGAGCAUUUGGAGCUUUUCAACAACAGCCUUACUGGAUCCAUCCCUCCGGAGUUUGGAAACUUGAAGUCCCUGGUCAGCCUCGACUUGCAAUACAACCACCUGUCCGGAUCAAUCCCGAAAUCGAUCGGUAACAUGCGAAGUCUUGUUUUCCUCCGGCUCAACGACAACCAAUUAUCCGGUCAAAUCCCACAAGAGCUUACGACGUUGCCGAACCUGAAAGUCCUCGAUCUCUCUCAUAACAGCUUCACAGGAACUGUUCCUCGGGGAGGCUCGUUUCAGAAAUUUGGCCAAAAGAGCUUUGAAGGCAAUCCAGGACUUUGUGGACACGCAGUCAAAAGACCCUGUACUUGAACCUCAAGUCCAAACUGCAUCAAUCAAUCACCACGAAAAGUCAGUCUUGGUAAUGACAAAGGCGUAGCAGCAGACUUAUGCAUACCGCUCUCAGCAAAACAGAGACCAUAGUUCACGUCCACAGAAUUAUGAUUUUCCAGAGAGUUGUAGAGGGAAUGAUCUUCCGGGGAUGCCAUGAGUUGUAAUCCUCGGACUCCGUUCUGGAAGUUUCCUCCAACAAUGAUCAUGCAAUCCAAAGUCACCGUUCAAAAUUC